GUGUCAUCUGUGCAUUCCGUGUAUAACUCUCGAUCCGCUAUGUUGCGUCUGAGCUCGCUGCUGCUGCUGCUGGCACUCGUGGCCGCCGUGUCCGUCUCCGGGGAGUCGAUCAACUUUCUCAACUGUGCGGACAGCGUCGAUGCCUGCACCGUGGAUGCGGUGCGAGUGACGCCCUGCCCCCAGGCGGCCAGCAAUGCCGCCUGCCACAUCCGCCGUCGGCGUCCGGCAGAGAUGAGCUUCGACAUUACGCCAAAAUUCGAUGCCGACAACCUGGUGGCGACUCUCGGCUGGGCGAAGAGCGAGGAUGUGGAGCUGCCGCUGCUCAGCCUGGAGCGGGAUGCCUGCAAGGCCACCGGCUGCCCCGUGAGGAGUGGCGUGCAGCAGACCUACACCACGGAAGUGCCCAUCGAGGCCAAGUUCCCGCUGAGUCCCUACACGAUCCGCUGGGCCCUCAAGGAUCCCGUGAGCGGCAAGCGGUGCUGCUUCACCAUCGACAUCAAGGUGGUGCGCUAGGAGGGGAGAAUGGAAUGGGACUGCUGAAUAAAAUGAAUCUUCUGCUAACAA